CCCUCUUUGCUUACCCACCAACUUCUAACACCUUCUUUGCCCAUGCCUCAUUUUUACUGAUCUCUUCAAGCUUUGGACCUUGUCAAGCACGGACCCAAGUAGGAGGCAGCCCCUCGCCUUUCCUGGAUGCCACCAUGAGGCCGGUGUCCCUGGUGCUGUUCCUCACCUUUGCCCUGCUGGCUUUCAGUGCUGGUCACAUCCUAGCAGGAUUAGCGGAGGGGGAAAGCAGGGAGCAGAAAAUGUGGGUCAGAGAGGGGAGUUCAGCUGUGCUGCCCUGCCACUUGAGCCCCAGAAAAAUGAGAAAGAGCUUGAAGCAGCUGCCCGACAAGACAUCUGUGCAGUGGAAGAGGCAUGGGGGAAGUGUCCACCAGGAGUCACAUGGGGUACUGGAGGUGGGGUACUCGGGCCUCCAGAAGACGGCACUGCUCAUGAAGCCCCGGGUGUCACUCCAGGACUCUGCCUUACACAAUGGCAAUUUCUCCCUGCGGAUUGACCCCGUCAGGAGCGAGGAUGCUGGGCUGUAUGAGGCACGGGUGGAAUACAACUCGGAGGUCCAUAGCUGCCAUGUGGAGCUGGGGGUAAUUACAGUAACCCUCAGUCCACCCAAUCCUGUGGAAGAAAAUGAGCUGCUCUUGAUGAGCUGCAACUCCAGCUACCGGGGCAGCCUUGUGGAGAUAUGUUGGUUCCAUAACGGGGACCUGGGCCCCACCUCCAGGACCUUCUGCUCUUUGUCUGGGGCUCUCUCCAUCCUGCGGCCAGCCAUGAGUGAUGCAGGCUCCUGGCGCUGCCAGCUUCGAUACUCUGAUAACGAGAUAAUUUCUGCCACGUACGACCUGCAAAUUCUAGGUUUUGAUGGCCCAACCAACCCUGUGGUCUAUGCUGCAGCUGGCUCUGCAGCCCAUCUACCAUGCAGCCUGAGCUACCUUCCCAGUUCCUUUCAGAUGAACAUGGUGACAGCCCACUGGAGCCAUCUUGCAGGAGGACAUUUGCAAGACUGGGACAUCUUCCCAAAUCUGAGUAACAGAAGCUUCCCCCUGCAUCUCCCUGUGGUGGGGCCGGGUGAUGCAGGGCAGUACCGCUGUGCUGUCUCUGUGAGCCACAAAACAAUCAGCAGGGAGGUGACCUUGGCAGUGGUUACAGUGACUCCAAGCAUCCAAGGACCAGUUUCUGAGGGGAGUCGUUUGCUGCUCAUCUGCAGCCUCACACACUCCCGGGGACAUGAACAUUUCCAGUGGAAGCACCUUGGCUCAGUCCCCACUAAGAGCAAGCUGGCUGUGGCCACCCCCCAAAACCUCGAGGGCAGCAGCGCCCAGAUGGGACCUAUCUUGAAAAUACCCAGAGUGUCACAAAAGGAUACGGGCACAUGGGAAUGCAGUGUAUAUGGCCCAGAAGGCCAGCUGGGAGGAGUGGAGUACGAGCUGCAGAUCACAAGUGCCCAGGUCUCCAGCCCUCCUGGUAUCUUCAGUGGGCAAGUUACUUUUGGGCUCACACUCACCCUCUUCCUUCUGCUUGCUGUCUGUGUUGUGGCUCUGGCCCUACAGAAAAGGGCACAGACUCCUGCCUUCUCAGCACUGGAAGGGAUGAUUGGAGUCCCUGGGCCGUGGAAGUCGAUGAAGGAAAACCAGAAAGGGAAGAUCCAACAAACUGAGUGCUGACAGAAGCAGGGACACCAGGGCUAGUCUGCAUGGGAGGAUGAAAAUCUGUGUGCCGUGCUGCAGAGAGAUGGGUGCCAUGCAGACCUGUCAGGGGGGUCUAGGGAUGGCAUGAACAAUGCAGAAGGUAUUGGGAGCUCUGUAUCUGCAGAGGGGCUGGGAGCUGCCUACCAGGGCAAGGCAAGCCUCACUGCUGCAGUAAGGUGGCCAGCAGCACAGAUGCUUUGGAGCUAUUGGGAGUAUUUGAGCCAGUAGCUAUUGCCUGCUUUAGUGCCAAAUCUCUGCCUACUCUUUGUCCCUUUUUUGUGGCUCCUCUCACAACCU